AUGCUGCUGCUUUGUUGGACCAAGCAGAUAAUCGACAACAGUCUUCAUCCCAUUGGCGUGACGGGGAAGGUGGAAGACAACGAGGAAAAAAGGCCACUUCUUCUAGGGAUGAUGCUGAUGCUGAUCUCUCGUCUACUAGUUCCUCAAAAGAGCGAUCUUCUAAGGAAAGACGUAAGAGUGGCAAUAGUACGUCGUCUAAAGGUGGUGGGACGGGGACCAAUUCCUCCUCAACAUCCAAGGAAAAAGCGAAUAGUACUGAGGACACUCCUGGUCAUGUUCAUGACGUUGGGGACACGAAAAAAGUGUUAAGGCUCAAAAAUACAAUUCAUUUCUACAACAACUCACUUUUCUCUGUUUUCUUCCUGAAAUCGUGAGAAAAUGAACCCGAGAAAUGAAUUGCUUGGGCUCUAAGAGUGCGUCAGAUUCACCGCGUGCACCGUGCGAACAGCAUCGAUUUGGUGAACUAUUACUUGCACAAUGUCGGUGAUUUGCAUACUACGAAUCUAGGAGGAGGAAGUGGGGCGUCUGGCUUGCCACCGAAAGGGUCACUCUUAACUGGUGACCGACCGUCCUUUGAAGAAGAAGAUGGCAUGAACAUUCUUGGAAGAAACAACCACUAUAUCAUGAAUGCAGCUCUUCCUUCAAAGAAUCAAGCACCAUACGCUGGAAUGCAGCAAGAACGGGCGCUACAGAGGAUGAUGGAGCACAUGCUAGGAGGCUUUCGAGAGCAGAUAGUAGCGGAUGUGCAACGAGUGAUGGCAGAAAAUCGUGCGGAAUAAUUAAAUACAUUUUACAGUAAGCAGCAAAGAAACAACACGCACACUGGAACAACAAGACUAAUUCUCGUCGCAGCAUGGUACUCAAAAUUUGAAAUUUAGACGAAGGUACAUGCCAGAGACAUUAUGAUUCGAAGUAUUUGAUUCAGUAUUCCUUGACCACUUUUUGAUUUAAAUUACUAGGAUAUAAUCUCAAUCUCUUAAGAAAGAAAUGACAUAAACUCGCGUGAUACAACGAACACAUCAAUGAACAUGGAUUGAAGAAUCUGGACGCUAUUCUUUCACAACGACACGCGAUAGCUUCUCUCUUGUGCAUGAUAUGAUUCAGCGAUUAGAAACGAAGUACUCUAUUUAAAGUACAUUAACAUAACAGCAAGCAAACCAGAAAGCACAAACUGAAUCACAGGCUUCGCCUUUCCGUAUCAAGUCAACUGCGUAUCUGCAUAGAUAGUAUAGACAAGUAACAGUGUCAAAAGAAGUAUCUGCAUAGUAAGUUUUCAAAGUGAGAAUGACGUAAAAAAGUAAGAGGAACAAAUACACUUGUGAAGAACUAAGCACACCUAUUUGUGCAGCGAUAUUCUUACGACGAAAAAUGCACCCCCAGCGCACUCCGAGUCAAAAUGUCCCAGAGCUGAAAACACAAGUUACCAUACAAACAGCCACAGUGCAGUAAUAGCCAAAAUGCAGUUCGAGAAAGUGAGUGAACACAUAGCUGCAAGGUACUUUGACAUAUGAUCUAUCAUGCAUACAUCCUAAGGUCAAGAAUUUAGAAUUAGUCUUUUUGCGACUUACACUAUUCAUGCUUCUUUUUGAGUAUUGACCGAUUGCACUGGUAUCAUAGUCGAACAAGAUGAUCCCAAUAUGAGCCUUCUCUUCCUCGUAGCAAAUGAUAUGUAACUGUGACAGUAUUUUUACCAAGCCAUGAUAAUAAUAUUUUUGAGUAGGUUAUCAAGACGAAUUAUUUGCCAC